AUGGAGUCAUCAUCAAUCAAGCUAUUAUCUACAACUCAGGUCAUCUUAUCAUCCGGACCUGAUUGGAAGCUAUGGAUCAAUCAAAUCCGAACCCUUGCGGAAUGCCAUCAAAUCUGGGAAUAUAUCGAUCCGGAUUCCGAAAACAGGCCUACAAAGAAAGCGCCUACCGAGCCAACAAUCCAAAUGGUGAAAGAAAAUGCGCCAGCAGAUGCCAGCAUCACCAUCCUCAACGACGACGAAUACAAGACGUACGAACGAUUGACAAAACAAUACACUAUCAAUGAAAAAGCGCACAACAAGCACGCCACUGCCCUCUACGCGAUCCAGACAAAAAUCAACGAAUCCGUAGUCGUUGCACUACAAUACUACUACACCGGAAAACCCGUAUGCGAAUGGCUGCAAAUCCUUAGGAACGCUAUUGCCCCAUCAGAUCAAAAUCGGAAACUACGAGUCGCUGCGCAGUACAACAGGCUACUAUCACCACCAAGGAAUCAGAACAUCGACGUUUGGAUGGCUAGUUUCUUACUAGCUUACAACGCUGCCAAGGAAGAGAACCUACCUGAUGUCUCUGGAGACCGAGCAGUGCACAACUUCCUACACGUAGUAUCUACGUUGCAGCCCGAAUUCACAACCUACUGGAAACAGAAGGUCCAGAAUGCGUUGGCUAAGAAUAAACCACUGCCCACGGUUGAACAACUACACGGAGCCCUGCGCAACGAUCGUGACGAGAACGCAAUCCAACGAGGAAAGGCCCCAUUCACGGCAUUAGCAGCAUUCAACACAACGUUCCAAGGAAAAUCUCAACAAGAUGCAUCAUCAACAUCUACAACAAUCCGUGAUCGCGAGGUGCCGAUCCCUCGUAUUUCAAGCUGGUGCCAGAAAUGGAACGAGAAAUCCAACAGAAACUAG